UUAAAUGUUAGCGGGUACGCCUUAAGUCGGAAUAUUUUUUGCCCAAAUUUGUUACCUCGCGGCUGCUUACGAGAUGCUAUUACACCUGUCCUCUCGAAUAUAUAAAAAAAUCUUCAAAAUCUUCUUGUAGAUGUACGUUUUUGUAUGCACGAUAGAAAUCUGAAAGUUGAUUUAUGUCAAAUUAUUUUUAACGUGAUCAUCAAAUAUUAGCAUUGUUGAUGUUAUCUUUUUUUCGCAGAGAUUCUUAGGAAAUAACUAAAUUGUUUAGUUAACACCAGAUUUUGAAGACACUCAGUUGUUCAAUAAACUGGAUUUAACCGAGUAAUACUCAUUAUGGGAUUUAUAUUUUCCAAGGAUAUGGCCGAAGACCGCUACCGACACGAACGGGAAAUGAGGAGAUUUAAAAACGAAUAUGAAAUAGCAGUAUCAAAGCAAAAGAAUGAGUUGUCGGAAGCACAAAUUCGAGAAAGAAUAGCAAGAGAGAAACAAGAAAUGCAGUACCGACACGAGAAAGAAAUGCUCGAAAUGCAAACAAAAAGCAUCAUUAGAAUUAUUGACAUUUGCCAUCAAAAAGGACUGAAUCCGUUUGAAAAUACUGCAGGCACAAUGGCCAUGUGGUUGAAUAUCGGCGGCGGAAGAGCAAUCGGCGGUAACUCAUCGAAACAUUUAGCUUUAGGAUAUAAGUAGCACAAUAUGCACCGUUCAAAAAUAUUGCUAAAGGUUUCAGCAGUGAAUACUCUUUUACUCCGAUGUUUUUGCUUGCUACUUUUCGAACAAUUCUGAAACAUUCAUUCAGUAAAAAACGCUUUUUUUUCUCUAGCUAGUCGGCAAUUUUGAGUAUAUAUGAAUAAAUAUA